AUGGCUCCUGAACGAAUCCGAGUGCGUCGUCAUCCAGCAUGUCGAGACUGUAGAGUGCAAAAGGUCAAAUGUGAUGCCGAGCCCCCUGCUUCGUGCACGCGAUGCCGUCACAUGCAACUUUCCUGUGUUGUCGAACGGACUCCGGCAUCUCGGCGGACCAAAGCUCAGCUGCAAAGCGAGCUGGAGGCCAUGAGACGUCGCUCUGGUGCCGAUGAGGAGAAUGAUGGUGUAUUAGACAGCCCCACCUCCGGGCGAGGGAUGGCGAGACCUUCCGGUGUCGAUACUGCAGCUGGAGCUCCGGUUUCUAUCCCAGAUACGGCAGAAGUUCCAUUCUUGACUCCACUGCUUGUCCCGGCCCUAGCUUCAGCUUCGGCUCCAGAUGCGGCACUUGCUAGUCCACAGCCAGCAACGACACCCUCGACAGUAAAGGAGGGUGGGAGUCAUCAAUUCUUUAGCUUGUAUGUCCCAUUCUUGCCGACCUCCCAGCUAGAACCGAAUCCAAAUCAAUGCUAUGAGCAGUCUCCUUUUUUGUUCUGGGUCAUCGUUUAUAUCGGCAGCAGACGCUAUACUGGUGACCCAACUAUGCUGGGUCGACUCGCCCCAAAGAUUAAUUCGAUGGCCUUUGCAUCCCUGGAAUCACGGAGUAGCCCCGUUCAGGCCAUCCAAGGCAUAUUGUUGCUAUGUCAGUGGCCAACUCCGGUCAAUACUAUGCACAGGGGCAUUAGUCUUGUUCUCGCAGGUGCAGCUCUACACCUCGCCAUGCAAAUCGGGCUGCAUGUAGCAGGCGUUGGUCAAGACUUUGCGAGGACGAUACUGGACGGUAAUCGGCUUGAAAGAGCUAAUCGCGCCAUGUUAUGGAAGCAAUGCUGCAUAACUUGUUACAUCGUUGGGCUUGGGGAAGGGAUUUUGCCUCUAGGUUUGAGUGAUGCCUUCACUCUACCAGUUCUCUCAGAUGGAGGAGAUGGUGGCGACGAUGCAAACCCUCAACAAGAGACCAAGCUGCCUCUCAGGCUGUGCGAAAUCAUGAUAUGUGCAACUGAAGCUUUGAGGAGAAUCCAUGGCGGUCGUGACCCUGAAAAAGCGGCGUCACUACUGUCGUAUCCAGCGUCUCGCAAACUCGAGGCCUUUAUUCCUCUUUUUGCAGUUGCAUGCAGCUUCAUCAACACCGCGUGUCAGCAGUCAUGGAACGAAGGGGCUACAGCCAAGAAUGCACCCGUCGUUGUUCAAAAAUCUGUUAUGCUGGCGGCUUUUACAAUCCUCAAAAUUCAUCGCAGUGAACUCGCGCCCCAUUUGGAUCUUCAGGCUGGUGAGCAAGCUUAUUUCGCCGCCAUAUUCUUUGCCCGAGAAGAGUCGCUGCAAAACAAUGAUCUGAGCGCAAGGGCUGCUUCCAUACUCGGUCAAUUAUGGAACAGCCAAUCAAUAUUCAAAAACAAGAAUGGAACGGUUGACAGCCUGACUAGCCGAAUCUCUAGCAGGUUGUCAAUGAGCACCCUCUUUGAUUGCCUAUGGUGGUGGAGACAGGAGUUUGGCGGGCUAGGCAAUCCUUAUGAGAAUAGACAGCAGACCCGAUCCGAAACCUUGGUUGGAAGUGAAGGUGUCACUUCAUAUGCGCUGCCGGCAACUGGUGAUGUAAAUGCAGUGCCAGACAUUCAGCAAUCAGCACCAUUUGCCGAUGAACCGUUUGUUGACUUUGAUUGGGCUAUGAACCUAGAUAUGACUGAUUGGCCUAUGUAA